CUAUCCUCUGUCCAGGCCCUGUCCUCCGUCCUCUAUCCUCUGUCCAGGCCCUGUCCUCCGUCCUCUAUCCUCUGUCCAGGCCCUGUCCUCUGUCCUCUGUCCUCUGUCCAGGCCCUGUCCUCUGUCCUCUGUCCUGUCCUCUGUCCUCACAGAUCCAGCUUCUGUCCGAUUCAGUUCUUAAACUCUUUAUUUACUGGUAAUUAUUUACAUGUUCUAUCUGUAUCAGUAUUAUUAUUAAAUGAUGAUUUAUAUUAUCAUCUAUCACCCUCUCUGCGUCUUUAUUUUACCUCUAAAUAAACUAAAUUAAAUAAUAAACUCAUAUUAAAUGAAGUCAUGUUACAGAACCUGACGCCAUCCAGCUGUAGUUCCUCCGGCCGCCACCGGGAGGCGCAGCUUCUCAGCCAUUAAAAGAUAAAUGAUUGUAUUUCUUCUUCGUGUUUCUCCGGUGCCAAGGGUCCAGUGUAGAAGAUUAGUGUAAAAUAUUAAAUUAGGUGCGUAAGGAUAAAUUUUGCUAUAAUAAGACUCAUUUUCUUUUUUUCCGUCAUAGCUGUUUGAUUAUUGCUUAUGACGUCACACACACAUCCACCCACGUCCCUUCUGCAGCAUCCUCUCCUCCUUCUCCUCCUCCUCCUCCUCCUCCUCCUGCAGACAGAGGGACACGGGCGGAGCUCCUCCUGCUGCAGGUUGGUUGUUGUUUUCUUGUUUUUACCGGAUGAACGCGGCUCUUCUUCUUCUUCUUCUUCUUCCUCUCCUCUUUCUUCUUCGUUGGGAGCGACUCAUACAGCUGCUGAGAUGUCGGGGUCGCCCGCCCUCGUCGACCUUUCCCGUCUCUACCAGACGGAGUUCGUCCGCAGCGCUCGGGCCGUCGGGGUCCUCUGGGCCGUCUGCACCCUCUGCUUCGCCAUCAUCCAGGUGGUCAUCCUGGUGCAGCCGUCCUGGGUCGGCACCUUAGCACCGGGCCCCCAGCAGGGGGCGCCAGCGCUGCCCAGCGGCACCAUGGGACUGUUCGAGGUGUGCUUGGAGUCCGACUGGCCGGUCCCAGACUGUCGUGGAAGUCUGUCCAGUUUGUCUCCGCUGCCGUCCUUCCAGUCAGUUGCAGUGCUGGUGGGAGUGUCUCUGUGGGCGGUGUGGACCAGCGUCCUCUGUCUCUGUCUCUUCAGGUUCUGCAGCGCCGCAACCGUCUACAAGAUCUGCGCCUGGCUGCAGCUGACAGCAGGGUUCUGCCUGGCCUUGGCUUGUCUCCUGUUUCCAGACUCGUGGGAGAGUCCAGAGAUGAGAGCUCUGUGUGGAGACUCGGUGAGCAGUUUCUCCCCAGGUAACUGCUCCAUCCACUGGGCUUACAUCCUGGCCAUCUUGGGGAUUCUGGAUUACGCCAUCUUGGCUACGCUAGCGUUCGUCCUGGCUAACCGACAGGACGCCCUGCUGCCCCCGGACGCCCAGGAAGUGACCACAGGUCUGCUGAUGACGGCAUGAGUCUACAGUCUCCUCCUCUCUUUCCAGUGACGUUUGGUCUCCACAUCCUUGAUCAUCAUCAUCAUCUUCAGCAAAGACUCGAGCGCCGCGUCGUCAGAUUUAACUUCGUCUUUAUUGGAACCACGGUCCUGCGUUGUGUCACCAGCAGGUGGCGGUAUGGAACAGUAGAAGAUGUCAGGAAAAAUGACAGUAAAUGAAAACCAUGAAGAAGAAGAAACUAAAGUGUAGGAUUUAUUUUUCCAUGUCAGUUUGAGUUAGAAUUUAUUAUGUAGUGAAUAUGUGACGUUAUUGAAGGCAGCUGAGUGGAUGUUAUACCUGACUUCCUGUUCUGUCCAGUCUUUAUUCUACGUCCUUUUAGCUCUUAGUUAGCUUCAGUUCCAGUUAGCUUAGAUCAGUGUUCUUAUGUUAGCUUCCCUGUAGCUAAUGAGCCGAUAACAGCGUCCGGUAGAACAUCCUGUUAUAUCUACAGAGGUCCGAAUGAAGAAACAUGGCUGCUCUGUAGCAAAGAAAGGAUUAGCAUCAGGUUCACUUAGCUUAAAGUUAGCUUCAGGUUUAGUUAGCAUACAUUAAGGCCCUUGAUGCAUUUAGCUUAGUGUGACCAUCUUAGUGAGUUAAGCAUUAGCAUAUGGUCGAGGAAACAUCUGUGUUAAAUUACUUUGGAUCUAAGUAGUAUCUGUCUCCACUUAGCAUAGCAUUAGCUUAAUGAUCAGGUUAGCCUAGCAUUGCAGCUGACUACAAGGUGGAUUUAUUGAUUGACUUAGUAGUUGACGUAUUUGUGUCACGCUAGGCUAAAAGAGAACAGGACUGAACGGAAAUGUCAGCAUGACCUUUGACCUUUAAAGAAUAUAAAUAAAAUCAGUUUUCUGUGUUUUUCUUA